GUCGACCGUCGCUGUUGUGUCUGUUAAUGUUUACACGAAGAAGAACAGAGCUGCAGAAAGAAACACAGCUAGGUACAGAACAGGGUUUCAGUUUUCCUGCACUCCUAAAAGUGAUGGAUGAGCAGACGGGCUCUCCUGCAGCCAGCGCUGACAACAACAACCAGAGGAACGGAGACGAGAAACCUCGGCGUGGCAGCUGGACCAAAGGGAGGAAAAGGAAGAAGCCAAUGAAGGACAGCAACGCACCCAAAGCCCCCCUGACGGGCUACGUUCGCUUCAUGAACGACAGGCGGGAGCAGCUGCGGGCGGAGCGGCCCGACGUGCCCUUUCCAGAGAUCACCAGGAUGCUGGGCAACGAGUGGAGCAAGCUGCCCCCCGAGGAGAAGCAGAUGGUGGGCACCCAGCUGCCAGUGAGGCUCUUCAUGAGAAAGAUGCAGAGGGAAAGGACAGGACUGUGUUUGACAUACCAAUCUUCACUGAGGAGUUCCUCAACCACAGCAAAGCACGAGAAGCUGAGAUGAGGCAGCUGAGGAAGACCAACAUGGAGUACGAGGAGCGAAACGCAGCCCUGCAGAAGCACGUGGAGAGCAUGCGUGGAGCUGUAGAACGGCUGGAAAGUGACGUGAUGCAGGAGAGGGAGCGUAACGGGCUCCUCCAUCAGCACUUAGAGAGCCUGCGUCAGGCGCUCACCUCCAGCUUCUGCUCCGUGCCUCUGCCAGGCAGUGGAGAGACUCCCACCCUUGAAACCAUUGACUCUUACAUGAAGAAGCUCCACAGCAUCAUUGUCAGUAACCCCCAAGAUCACGAACAUCUCAUCAGCUCUGUGAGAGACGUGGUCAACCGCCUGGACAGAUAAUGGGGUUUCCUGGGAUUCCCGGCUCAGUCGAGGCUCUGCUCCACUCUACGGCUCGCUCUCUAACGUUGGCUCUUUUUAUCAUCUUAUCUGUGUUGACCCAAAUGUUUCUGCUCUCAUCAUAACGGUGAACGUGUUGUAGCGUCCCAUAUUUAUUAUUCUUUUUAAAACUUUUGCACCUCAUAGAUAGAGCUGUAAAAAUCUGAUAACUGGGUAUAAAAACAUUUUCAUUUGUUUCUCCAUCCUCCACUCAUUUAGAGUCCAAACUUUCACAACACAGCUGUUUUAAAAUAUCCAUUCGGUGUAUUUGUACUUAAUAUGACCAAGAAAUGUUGUUUUUAAUGUUCUGUUGGAAGAAGAAAGACUUGUGCCAUUAUUGGAUCCAUGUGUGAGAAGUGUUUGUAUUUCUAAUAAAAGUGUUUACAUUUGGAUGUGAACUCACGUCUGAGGAACAUUA